GGCGUAAUAAAAUCAAUACAAUUAAACGUCCCAGAGAUAAGACACGCAAAGAACAAAAGGCUGUAAAGCAGAGAGUGUAGUCAUGGAACUGUAUUGUUGGGGCGAUACUUCGCACGGCCAACUAGGAUUAGGCGGCAUUGAAGAUGAGCAGAUACUGACGCCCAGCCCAAUACCGUGGAAGCCAGAUUCGGCGGUGCAGCAGAUUGCUUGUGGUCACAGGCAUACGCUUUUUCUAACGGACAGCGGCAAAGUGUAUGCUUGUGGCAGCAACGAUCAUUCGCAGCUGGGACACCAGCUACCCACCAAGCGGCCACGUAUGUCUCCAUUUCUACAGAUACCGGAACUACAGGAGCAUGGCAUUACGCAGAUUGCUUGCGGAAGUCGUCAUUCCAUGGCGCUUACCGAAUGGGGUCAGGUGCUUAGCUGGGGUGACAACGAGUGUGGUCAGCUAGGACAUGCCAGCGAGCAGGAUGUCAUAGAACUACCCAAAAUAUUGCGCUAUCUCGUCUCUAAGACAGUGGUACAAAUUGCGUGUGGCAAGAAUCAUAGCAUGGCGCUCACCUGCUGCGGCGAGCUGUAUGCUUGGGGCUCUAACAUAUAUGGUCAACUGGGCGUCAAGUCGCCCAACGAGCUGCAACAUUGCAACUUUCCCAUGCGUUUGACCACGCUCCUGGGUAUACCAGUUGCUUCUAUUGCCUGUGGAAGCAAUCACAGUUUUCUCAUCUCUAAGUCGGGAGCAGUCUUUGGCUGGGGACGGAAUAACUGCGGCCAGCUGGGACUCAAUGAUGAAGUUAAUCGGGCUUAUCCCACGCAACUAAAGACGCUGCGCACCUUAGGCGUACGCUAUGUGGCCUGUGGUGAAGAGUUUUCCGUGUUUCUCACCAACGAAGGCGGUGUUUUUACUUGUGGCGCUGGUGCAUAUGGCCAACUGGGACAUGGCUUCAGCUCUAAUGAGAUGCUACCGCGCAUGGUUAUGGAGCUAAUGGGCAGUACGAUUUCACAGGUAGCUUGUGGUAAUCGACAUACGCUGGCUUUAGUACCAUCACGAGGACGUGUGUAUGGAUUUGGUCUGGGAAGCUCUGGUCAGCUGGGAACGCGCAGCACGAAGAGCAUAAAUUCACCGCAAGUUGUCAUUGGACCUUGGGUGUCACCAAGUGGCAGCACAUUGCUGCAAAACAGCGAUGCCAAGGUGGCGGUAGUUAUACAACAGAUCUUCUCAGGCGGUGAUCAAUCCAUAGUGACCACUACGCACUAUGUGGACAAGCUGCCACCCAGCGACUGUCGCAUUUAUAAACCCAAGUCCCAAGUACUGGCGCUUUCGUCCGAACUGACGCUGCAAUGUACGCACUUCAAGCAGGACGUUCAAAGCGAUCUGGAUCUGUUGCACUCUAUGGAACUGAUAUUCAAGAGUCAAGCCUGUCUAAAUGGUUCGUUUCUGCUGGCGCAGGAUAAACACUUUUGCUGCUCCGCGCGGAACUAUGGCUUGGAUCUAGCCGCUGCACAGUUGGCUUUUGAUAAUCUGCGCAAGGUGGAGAACGAGAGCAUCAAACAGGUGAUUUGGGACAAUCUUACCAAGGAGCUUAUUGGUUCACUGGUUCCUUCGCCUGCGGAUGCAGAAAGCAUGCGCAUUUUUCUGCUGUUGCCGCUCUACCAUGAGUUUGUCAACUCCAAGCACUACAAAUCCCUGCAUGUGCCGUUUGCCAAAGCCACCGCCAAGUUGACGGAGAAUCCACGCAAGCUGCUGGAAAAGUGGUGGGCCCAAACCCCUAUAGAUUAUUUUGAGCAAAUUGUCAAUAACUUUUUGCAUGUGGUCAUCCACAUAGUUAGCUUUAAAUUGGGCAUUGAGGUCAUAAAUCAUAACGAGACGCGUCAAAAGAAGCUGCUGCCAUAUAAUAGCGAACUGGAUGAUGUGCUGCGUCUAUUGGAUCAUCUGUGCAGGGUGAACAACAAGCGUGAAGAGCGUCUCAACUAUCAGCUGUUUCACUGGCCAGAUGUUUCAGAUUAUAUUGAUGUGCAGCAGGAAUAUCUGCGAUGGAUCAUCUCUGAUACUGCCGGCGAGUUCAACAUUUGCAACUUUCCAUUCCUAUUUAAUGCGACUGCCAAGACGGCGCUGCUGCAAGCAGACCAAGCUCUCCAAAUGCAUUCCGCAAUGUCCAACGCCGUCUCCAAUGCAUUUUACAAUCUGCUCAACUAUGGGCAUGUAUCCCAGUUCAUUGUGCUAAACGUGACACGUGAUAAUAUUGUACAGGAUUCGCUACGCGAGCUUCAGCGUUAUAAUCAGAGUGAUCUCAAGAAGCCGUUGAAGAUAAAGUUUUGCGGAGAGGAAGCUGAAGAUGCGGGUGGCGUGCGUAAAGAGUUCUUUAUGCUGCUGCUUAAGGAUCUCAUUGAUCCCAAGUAUGGCAUGUUUAAGGAAUUUGAGGACACGCAUGUGCUAUGGUUUGCCGAUGUCAGCUUUGAAACUGAGAACAUGUAUUUUCUUAUUGGCGUUCUCUGUGGCCUAGCCAUAUAUAACUUUACCAUCAUCAACCUACCCUUUCCACUGGCGCUUUAUAAGAAGCUGCUCAAAAAGUCUGUGGAUCUAAGUGAUCUGCGCGAAAUGUCGCCGGCAGAGGCCAACUCUAUGCAGGCUUUGCUGGACUAUAAAGGCGAUGACUUUAAAGAAACAUUCGAUCUGAACUUUGAGAUUUCGCGUGACAUCUACGGCGAGUCGGAGACCCAACCGCUUAAGCCCAACGGCGGCAACAUCCCAGUCACUUUGGAAAAUAAACAGGAGUUUGUUGAUCUAUAUGUUGACUUUAUAUUCAACAAGUCCGUGGAACUGCACUAUCGAGCCUUUCACGAGGGCUUCAUGAAAGUCUGCUCUGGUCGUGUGCUGCAGAUUUUUCAGCCGGAGGAGCUUAUGGCCGUUGUUGUGGGCAACGAAGAGUACGACUGGCAAGCGCUGAAAGACAACUGUGAAUACAAAACCGGCUAUACGUCCGGCGACGAAACCGUGAAAUGGUUUUGGGAAGUGUUUCAUGAGUUGCCCGAAGCGGAAAAGAAAAAGUUCCUGCUCUAUUUGACGGGCAGUGAUCGCAUCCCAAUUCAAGGCAUGAAAGCCAUUAAGAUCAUUAUACAGCCCACCUCCGAUGAGCGCUUCCUGCCCGUCGCCCAUACGUGCUUUAAUUUGUUGGAUCUACCACGCUACAAGACCAAGGAGCGCCUCAGGUACAAGCUACAGCAAGCGAUACAACAAACUCAGGGCUUUAGUCUGAUCUAAUCGUGCAACGAUUUGGACUGAGGUAUUUUUUCUGAAUUUCUAAGCACGCUAAGCAUUUUCUUUGGAUUAUUCACUAAGCAUGAGCUGCAACGACUUAACGGAGAUCAAAUCAUCUGGAUUAUUGUGUUAUAGCUUUAACAAAACGUUUGUAGUAAAGUUAUAUUGUUAUAAACAUAUUUGGUGGUUCAUAAUAAAAAAUGGAAAUUUA